UGCUUUGCUUCUAACCUGUUAGAUAAUUGAUGAUUUCUUUUGUGGUUUUCUAGUGAGUUAUGGAUAAUGAAGAUAUCACUGUUCACAAUAAUGUGGAGGGUGACAAUGAAGAAAGUGAAAGUGAUGAUUCAGUUAAAGAAGUUGCAGCACCAAAUGAAUCUCAAUGAGCUGAAAGUACUUCUACAAAGAAAAGGAAAACGAGGACAUCAAGUUCUGAUGUUUGGAAAACUUUUACUAAAUUACCUACAAAAACACCAGAUGAAAUCCUAUAUUGUGUGUGCAACAAAUAUGGUAAAAGAUAUCAAACAAGAAGUGCUUACAGUACCAGUAAUCUAAUUCGCCAUCGAACCAAAUGUGAAAAUAAUAAUACCAGAGAUAUUGGUCAAUAUAUGAAUUCUGCUAGCAAAGUUGUAAUGAAUAUGAGAACUCCAAAGUUUAGUUAGGAAAGACUUAGAGAAUUGUUGAUUGAAGCUAUUGUUAGACAUGACUUUCCAUUCUCAUUCGUUGAGUAUGAAGGAAUUAGAAAUGUUUGCAAAUACUUGGAACCAAAUGCCAGUCAUAUUUGUAGGAACACAGCAAAGGAAGACGUCAAAAAGUUAUAUGCAAGUCAGUGUGAUAGACUUCGUAUCGAGUUGCUUAAAUGUCCAAGUAGAAUGUGUUUGACUUCUGAUGCUUGGACAUCUAUUGUUACAGAUGGUUAUUUGAGUUUGACUGUCCAUUAUGUUGAUAGCAAUCGGGUCUUACAGAAGAGGAUUUUAAAUUUUUCCGAAUUUCCUCCUCCACAUACCAGUGUUGCUAUUGCGAAAAAGAUUAGUGGGUUGAUAAAAGUUGGGAAAUUGAAAGGAAAUUGUUUUCUAUCACUUUGGAUAAUGCUUCCUCCAGUGAUGUUUGUGUUGGAUUGCUUAAGAAUCAAUUACGUUUGAUGAAUUCUUUAGUAUAUGAUGGUAACCCGUUUCAUUUGAGAUGUUAUGCCCAUAUUCUUAAUUUGAUUGUUCAAGAUGGGUUGAAACAAAUUGAUGUUGUUGUGGAAAAAGUUAGAGAAUUUGUGAAAUAUGUCAAAGGAUCUUCAGCAAGAAAAACAAGGUUUUGUCAAUGUUGCUCACAAAAUCUUUUGGACACCAAUAAAGAUUUGAUGCAAGAUGUUCCUACUAGGUGGAAUUCCACUUAUAGGAUGAUUUCUUAUGCACUUUAUUAUCGACUAGCCUUUUCGCAUCUUAGUUUGAGUGAUUCUAACUUUCAAGAUUGCCCGUCCUCUGAUGAAUGGGAAAGAGUUGAAAAAAUGUGUAGCUUUCUGAAAGUGUUUUAUGAUGCGACUCUUCAGAUCUCAGGAUCUCUUUAUCCUACUUCAAAUUUGUAUUUCCCUCAAAUCUUUGGAAUACAUUUGAAGUUGGUUGAAGAGAUGAAAAGUCCUGAUGAGUAUAUGAAAAGAAUAGCUACUCAAAUGUGGAAUAAGUUCAACAAAUAUUGGGUUGAUUUUAAUCUUCUGUUAGCUAUAGCCGUGGUGUUUGAUCCUAGAUAUAAGUUGACGUUUGUUGACUUUUGCUAUAAAAAACUUUAUGGAGAAGGUUCAUCACAAUUUAAGGCUAUUGAGAGUGCCCUUUAUGAACUUUAUGAUGAAUAUGUGCACUCUUCAAAAAAUGCAACCACAUUCGACUCAACAUCACAUCAAGGGAGCGAUGACAACAUUAGACAAAGUAAUGUUGGGGGAGAUUCUAGUCAAAACAACAUUCUUGAGGAGUUUGACGAAUAUGAUAAUGAUGAUUCGGGUUCCAAUACCACAAGUGCAUCUGAAUCGACUUUUAGUCUUGGAGGAAGAAUUCUAAAUGAAUAUCGAAGUUCCAUGAAGCCUGAUGUGGUUGAAGCUUUGGUUUGUACUAGGGAUUGGUUGUUUGGAGAAAAAGUUGAUUUGAAUGUGGUUGUUGACAACCUAACUCAAAAUGUAAUGAAUUUGAACAUCAACGAAAACAAUACGGAGGCUACAAAUUCCAAAAUACUUUAGGUUGUCAUUUGGUCAUCUUGAAGAAGUCGAUGUCGGAGGAAGAAAUGGAAAUUGUAGCAUGAACGAACUAUUGCAUUUGAUUUUUGGAUAUGUUUGAACAAUUACACUUUGCAUGAAUGUGUUUAUUUUCAAUUUUAUGACUUUAUGUUUAUAACUUUAUGUU